UCUCCUUAGCAUUCACCAAAAACAAAUAAGAGGUGUCGGAGAGACAGAGCGGUAAAAUUGAACACCGCGGUUCCUUCCUUUAAGUCUCGCUUUUGCACCGGCUCCAUUCAUUAGAGUCCCAGCUACCGCCGGUGUACCCAGUGAUUUUCCUCCGCGGUGUUCCCGGCCAGGAAGUUACAACCGAGGACGCAAGUUCACCUCAAUCGGCGUCUGAUUGGACGACGGAGUUACGGACCCGCAGGGCGCCGAAUUCGAAUCCAAGCAAGUACAAAACAUGGAGAGGAGGAAAAUACUAGGCCUGCUGUUCCUGACAGGGGCCAUAUUUUGCACAGCCCUCACUCAACCAAUUGAGGCAGAGACUGGAAGCAAGAGGGUACAAGACCUAGACUGGUGGCAGAGCGGCGUCAUCUACCAGAUCUACCCGCGCUCCUUCAAAGACAGCAACAGCGACAGCAUCGGCGACCUGGACGGGAUCACCGAGAAGAUGGACUACCUCAAAUCCCUGGGGAUCACCGGCGUCUGGCUCUCCCCGAUCUACGAGUCCCCCCAAGCCGACUUCGGCUACGACAUCUCCGACUUCCGCAAGAUCGACCAGUUCUACGGGACCUUCGAGGACUUCGCCCGUCUCCGCGAAGCCGUCCAGUCGCGCGGUCUAAAACUCCUUCUCGACUUCAUCCCCAACCACACCUCGGACGAGCACGAGUGGUUCGAGAAGUCCGUCCAGAACAUCCAACCCUUCGCCGACUACUACGUUUGGCGCGACGCCCGCUACGAGAACGGCACCAGGCUCCCGCCCAACAACUGGGUCUCCUUCUUCGAUGGCUCCGCCUGGACCUGGAACGAGAACCGUCAGAAGUACUACCUCCACCAGUACCACGAGAAACAACCCGACUUGAACUACCGAAACCCGGCUGUUCUAGAGGAAAUGAAGGAAGUCAUGCGGUUCUGGCUCGACGCCGGUGUCGACGGAUUCCGCGUCGAUUCCUGCAACACCCUCGUCGAAGACGCUCGCUUCCUGGACGAGCCGCGCUCCUACCUCACCGGCGUCCGCGAGAACAGCAUCCAGUACCUCAACCACGUCUACACCCAGGACCAACCGGAGACCUACGACAUCAUCCACCAGUUCCGCCAGGUCCUCGACGAGUACUCGAAGAAGGAAACCAACAUGAUCCAGGCCUGCGACACGGAGAGGGAGAACUGCACGUCAUUGGCGACCAGGAGACCAUCCACGAGAGCCAUGAUGACCGAGGCCUACGUCCCCAUCAAGGACACCAUGCGUUUCUACGGAAACUCCACUCAUCAAGGCGCCCACUUCCCGUUCAACUUCUUCCUGAUCACCGAUCUCGACCGGCAGUCCCAGGCGCAGGACUACCUGCGAGUCAUCAACAUGUGGAUGUCCAACAUGCCCGAAGGGCACUGGCCCAACUGGGUGCUCGGCAACCACGACAGACCCAGGAUCGCAACCCGCUUCGGGCCGGAGCUGGUGGACGGUUUGCACAUGAUCCAGUUCAUCCUGCCGGGUACCGCCAUCACCUACUUCGGCGAUGAGAUCGCUAUGGAGGACACCUUUAUCCGCUGGGACGAGACUGUGGACCCCUUCGCUCUGGGCGUCGGCAAAGAGCACUACUUGGAGGUAUCGCGGGACGGGUGUCGCGCCCCCUUUUUGUGGGACAACACCCUCAGCGCUGGCUUCUCCACGCUCGCCUACACCUGGCUCCCCGUUAACCCUAAUUUCUAUCGCUCCAAUCUCCAGAUCCAGAUGGAGGACGCUAAGAGCCACUUCAAAGUUUACAAGAAGCUUGUCCAGUUGAAGAAGAAACCGGUCAUCCAAUUUGGUACCCUGAAUGUCAAGACUCUCUCACGGCAGACGCUGAUGAUAGAACGAGUUGAUAGGGCUAGUCAGGUGCUCUAUGUGACAGUGGUCAAUACUGGAAGUUAUUACGACUACAUUGAUUUGAGCGAACUCUUGAGUUUGCCGCUACCGAAUCUCACAGUCUAUGCUUCGAGCGUCAAUAGCAUGUAUGCGGAGGGCACUGAAGUAUCACCUGAUAGGCUUCGUCUCCGACCGAAGGAGGCCCUAAUUUUAACCAAUGAGAAACCAGCGCUGCAGAAAGAAGAAUCAAAAGACGAGACGAAGUGAGGUUUUUAAAGAGUGGCGUGCAGCUUGAACUUUUUUAGUAUUUGAUUGUUGAUAGUUCCUAUAAGUAUUAUUAGUCAGUAUUCAUGAUCAAACUUUAUCGACUGUAUGACUAUUGUUAUGAAUUAAAAUUUGUUGUUGCAUUUGAAUACAACUGAAUCCAUUUGUUUUAA